UGCAGUAACCGGCGCAGCGACGGUCAGCGCGUCCGUCAGCCCGGCCUCUCUCGCAGGAGUCGCCGGCCCUGGGGCCGUAGCGCGGGAGCGGACGCGGACGCGGGCCCGGCGCCACGGCCGGUGGGCGGCGGCAUGUCGGUGGUCGGCAUCGACCUGGGCUUCCUCAACUGCUACAUCGCGGUGGCGCGCAGCGGCGGCAUCGAGACCAUCGCCAACGAGUACAGCGACAGGUGCACCCCGGCCUGCAUUUCUCUGGGUUCCAGGACUCGAGCCAUUGGGAAUGCAGCAAAAAGCCAGAUAGUCACGAAUGUACGAAACACCCUCCAUGGCUUCAAAAAGCUCCAUGGCCGCUCCUUUGAUGACCCCAUUGUGCAGACCGAGAGGGUCAGGCUCCCCUAUGAGCUACAGAAGAUGCCGAAUGGGAGUGCAGGUGUGAAGGUGCGGUACCUGGAAGAAGAGCGACCUUUUGCCAUAGAGCAGGUCACAGGGAUGCUGCUGGCCAAGCUGAAGGAGACAGCGGAGAAUGCCUUGAAGAAGCCUGUGGCUGACUGCGUGAUCUCGAUUCCUAGCUUCUUCACUGAUGCUGAGAGGAGGUCUGUGAUGGCCGCUGCCCAGGUGGCUGGGCUCAACUGCCUUCGGCUGAUGAAUGAGACCACAGCAGUUGCACUUGCCUACGGGAUUUACAAGCAGGACUUGCCUGCUCUGGAAGAGAAGCCCCGGAAUGUAGUCUUUGUUGAUAUGGGGCAUUCUGCCUACCAGGUCUCUGUGUGUGCUUUUAACAAAGGGAAACUGAAGGUCCUGGCCACGACCUUUGACCCCUACCUGGGUGGCAGGGACUUUGAUGAGGCCUUAGUCAACCAUUUCUGCGACGAGUUUAAGACUAAGUACAAGAUCAGUGUCCGUGACAACUCUCGGGCCCUGCUGCGCCUGUACCAGGAGUGCGAGAAACUCAAGAAGUUAAUGAGCGCCAAUGCUUCGGACCUGCCACUCAGCAUCGAGUGCUUCAUGGACGAUCUAGAUGUGUCCAGCAAGAUGAACAGGGCUCAGUUUGAACAGUUAUGUGCUUCCCUCCUGGCCAGAGUCAAGCCACCUCUGAAGGCUGUGCUGGAACAAGCCAACUUGCAGCCUGAAGACAUAAGCAGUGUAGAGAUCGUGGGGGGUGCAACUCGGAUCCCCGCAGUGAAGGAACACAUCUCCGGGUUCCUUGGGAAGGACGUGAGCACCACCCUGAACGCUGACGAGGCUGUGGCACGAGGCUGUGCCUUGCAGUGUGCGAUUCUCUCCCCCGCGUUCAAGGUGCGUGAGUUCUGUAUCACCGACCUUGUGCCCUACUCUAUCACGCUGCGCUGGAAAGCCCUGGAUGAUGGGGCCGGGGAGUGUGAGGUGUUCAGCAAGAACCACCCCGCCCCAUUCUCCAAGGUCAUCACGUUCCACAAGAAGGAGCCGUUUGGGCUGGAAGCUUUCUACACUUACCCACAUGAGGUGCCUUACCCAGACCCCAGAAUAGGGAACUUCACUAUUCAGAAUGUCUUUCCACAGUCUGACGGGGACAGUUCCAAAGUGAAGGUCAAAGUCCGAGUCAACAUUCACGGCAUCUUCAGUGUGGCCAGCGCAUCUGUGAUUGAGAAGCAGGUAGUAGAAGGGGACCACAGCGACAUUGCCAUGGAGACAGAAGGAGCCGCCAAGAAUGACAAGGAUGAUGUGGACAAAAUGCAAGUGGACCAGGAAGAAGGCACCCCCCAGAGGUGCCAUGCAGAGCACACGCCAGAGGAGGAGAUCGAUCACUCCGGCAGCAGGACCAAGUCAGACAAACAAGAUCGCCCCAAUCAGAUGAUUAAAAAGGGGAAGGUGAAGAGCAUCGACCUGCCCAUCCACAGCAGCCUGUGUGGACAGCUAGGCCAGGACGUGCUCAACAGCUACAUCGAGAACGAGGGCAAGAUGAUCAUGCAAGAUAAGUUGGAGAAGGAGAGAAACGACGCCAAGAAUGCUGUUGAGGAGUAUGUGUAUGACUUCAGAGACAAGCUGGGCUCCACCUAUGAGCCCUUUGUCACUCCCGAGGAUGCAGAUAAACUGUCUGCUAUAUUAGAAGACACUGAAAAUUGGCUUUAUGAAGAGGGAGAGGAUCAGCCUAAACAAGUUUAUGUGGACAAACUUCAGGAACUCAAGAAAUAUGGGCAGCCGAUUGAGACUCGCCAUGCAGAGCAUGAGGAGAGGCCAAGGGCUCUGAAUGACCUGGGCAAGAAGAUCCAAUUGGUCAUGAAGGUGCUAGAUGCGCACAGAAACAAGGAUGAACGAUACGAUCAUUUGGAUCCUGUGGAAAUGGAAAAAGUCGAAAAAUACAUCAGCGAAGCCAUGAGCUGGUUGAACAGUAAGAUGAAUGCACAGAACAAGCUGAGUCUCACUCAAGACCCUGUGGUGAGAGUCUCGGAGAUUGUCACCAAGUCAAAGGAACUGGAUGAUUUCUGUAACCCCAUCAUUUACAAACCCAAACCCAAAGCAGGAGCCGACGAUAAAUCCCAAGCUCAUGGUGAGCACAACGGGCCGGCGGAUGGGCAGAGUGGGACGGAUGGCAGAGCAGAGCCCACAAGGGAUGGUGCCCCACGCAGCAAGGGCUCGGGGGAGAUGGAGGUGGACUAGCCCCCAGCCGCAGCCUUGUCCCAGGGUUUCUGGAGUAGUUUUGAAAAUGUUUUCAUGAAAAUGGAGUCAUCUCUGUUCCUUUCCCUCGCUGUGAGUCUCGCCUUCCACGUCAGUGUAAGCGCUUCUAGCACGCUUUCUGUCAAACACACAGGAUCACGCAGAGUCCACACCGCCCCAACUUAGCCUCUCUUGAGAGCUUCAGGUCCUUUGCUCAGGAAAGGGCACUGCAGCUGAAGUAAACUGCAGCCUCUGAUGCACUGUUUUAGUUACUGUGUUAGGAUUUCACUAUUAAAGCAUGUAAGAAGGUCCUGGACACCCAUCUAUUGCAUUGGUGUGGCAUGAGCUCCGAGGCUGGGCAGGCCUGGGGAAGCCUGUGGUGAUGGGAAAGUUUGGUGUCCAGAGGAAUGCAUACCUCAUCCCCGUCAGUCACUGUGCAGGUGUGUUUGUCACUUGUCCGAAGACCAGCUCAGCUGAAAGAAGGAAUGUUUGUGCUGCAGGAAGGUGCUCCUGACCACCUCGUUUUCAUUCCCUAGUUGUUUGGUUCUCUUCAUUGAUCUUACUGACACCACAGCACAGGGUAGAGUAGGAGAAAAGGCAGUGUACAGCAUUAAUCCAUUGCUGAUUUCUGUUAAGAUAUACAUACACACUAUUAAAUAUGUGGCACUUACUUGAAAAGAAGCGCUUAUCCCUGAAGUCUUAGAAAAUAAUGCUUGUAAUAAACUGUUCCCUAUCUCCCGGCAAAUAGAA